AUGAGUGAAUCUAACAAAGAAGUUAUAAUGGAAACCGAAUCCGCCAAGAUUGACGAAUUACCUUCUAUAACGUCAGAAAGCUCAAUUAAAACUCAUAUUGAAACUGGUGUUACGCGAUUACCCCGUAAGGAAUGGCGUAAAAUAAAAAAGAAGCAGCGUAAAAAAAUCGCACGAACAGAGGCCGCUAAGUUAAGGGAACAAGCUCAGGAGAAUAAAGAAGGUACAUUAUUGCAGGAUGCUUUAAAUUGUUUUAUGGAAAAUUGGGAAAAAACGGUUAAAAACAUCAAACCCCCAAAACCAAUUAAAACCAAUUCCAUACCAGUUGAGAAUUCAAAUAAUCAAUUAACCCUUUCGAAUUCAUCGCCACCAAUAAUUCAAGAAGAAAUAUCAAUGAAAUCAGAUUAUGGAACUGAGAAAGAUCAAAUCAAUUGCCCGUUUUAUCUCAAAACUGGGGCAUGUAGAUAUGAUAAUUUAUGUGGUCGUCAUCAUCCGUAUCCUGAUAAAAGUGUUACAAUUCUAAUCAAGAAUAUGUAUGAGGGUAUGCCAAUUCAAUUAGCCGAUGAAGAUAAUGAUGAUAAUUUGGAGUUUGAUGAAGUGGAAGCUGAACGUCAUUAUAGCGAAUUUUUUCAAGAUGUGCAUUCCGAGCUCCUACAAUACGGAACCAUUAUCCAAUUUAAGAUGCAUCUACGUGGUAACGUAUAUGUACAGUAUUCUAAAGAAGAAGAAGCAGAGCAAGCAAUGAAUUCUAUGAAAAGCCGAUGGUACGCCGGUAAACAGCUAGUCUGUGAAUACUGUCCAGUCACAAGAUGGAAACCAGCUAUAUGUGGAUAUUAUGAAAGGAACAAAUGCCCAAAGGGAAUUCAAUGUAACUUUCUACAUGUCUAUAGAAACCCGGGAAAUUUAUAUGUUGAAGCUGACAAAGAUUUCGAGUAUUUACCAAAGAAGCCUUCAAAAUCAGACUCAAAUACAACCAAUUCAUCGUUUACCGAAUCAAUAACCUCUAAAAUAGCAUAUGUACCAGUUUCUCCUGAACAUGUAUAA